UCUCAUGAACCCUCAGAUCAUGACCUGAGCCGAAACGCUCAAGAUGCGUAACUGACUGAGCCACCCAGGCGCCCGCUCCGUGUUCCUCUUUAUUGAGAAGUCAGAACAAUAGUAAAACCCUUCAACCAGUUCACUACUCCCCUACUCGCCUUGAUUUCAAUGCAGGAAAAAAAAGAAGCCUUUUCAAUAGAAACACUCAAUUACUUUGCUGUUUCUAGGGAAACACAGAGUGAAAGCUUUGAGAAAUGGUAGUUGUAGAUGAGCCUAAGAGUUCCACCCUUUAUUGUUGGCCUAUUCAGGUGUUCUUACUUUAUUAGGAACUGAUUGUCUAUCUCCACUAAAAAGAAAAACAAAUGGGCAGAAAUUCUGCCACUCAUGUUCCUGAAACGUCCUCAUAGACAGCUUAAAGUCGCAUUCUGCUCCCCCUCGACACACCUCAGUGUACGUGUGGCAGUUUUCCGCAGUGAGGCGUGUUUUGUCUGGCGCAAUCGCUCCGUUAUUCAGGUGUGAAGAUUCCAACAUGUACUUUCUGGCAGGCUGCCUGAAGGCCCCUGAUCUAUUCAACUCCUAAUCCUCGGAACCUGUUCCCUUACGCGGUAAAAGGUACUUUGCCAAUGUGAUUACGUUAAGGAUCUUCAGAUGGGGAUGGUGUCCUGGGUUAUCCAGGUGGACCCAGUGUCACCAGAGGGAUGGAUCCUCAUAAAAGCAGAGGUAGGAGCCUCAGAGGGAGGGAUGUGAAGGAGCUUGCUGGGGGUAGGGGUGGUGCUUUCUGAAGAAGGGGAAAGGGGCCCGCAAGCCACAGAAUACGGCAGCCACCAGAAGCUGAAAAAGGUGCAGGGAAUUGAGUUCUCCCCCCUCGGAACUCCCAGGAGAAACCAGACCUGCCAGCACCUCCGCUGAGAGCUCAGUGAAACUGAUGUUGAACUUGGGACCUCCAGAACCGAUGACAGUGAUGGGAUUCCAUGGUCAGAAGAAAGGGUGGUGCGGAAAGUCCUCUAUCUGUCUCUGAAGGAGUUCAAGAAUGCCCAGAAGAGGCAGCACGGGGAAGGCAUUGCUGGGAGCCUGAAGACCGUGAAUGGCCCAGGCUGCAAGCACAGAGGAAGUUUGCUCAGUCUCAGCCGAACAGUCCCAGCACAACCCCGGUGAAGAUCGUGGAGCCGUUGCUGCCCCCUCCAGCUACUCAAAUUUCUGACCUCUCUAAAAGGAAGCCCAAGACAGAAGAUUUUCUUACCUUUCUCUGCCUUCGAGGCUCUCCUGCGCUGCCCAACAGCAUGGUUUAUUUCGGAAGCUCUCAGGACGAGGAGGACGUCGAGGAGGAAGACGAUGAGACGGAAGACGUCAAAACAGCCACCAACAAUGCUUCAUCUUCAUGCCAGUCAACCCCCAGGAAAGGAAAAACCCACAAGCACGUUCACAAUGGACAUGUUUUCAAUGGUUCCAGCAGGUCUCCGCGGGAGAAAGAACCUGUUCAAAAACACAAAAGCAAAGAAGCCACUCCCGGGAAGGAGAAGCACAGCGACCACCGGACUGACAGCCGGAGGGAACAGGCGUCAGCGGCCCCGCCCCCAGCGGCCACCUCCACGGGUUCCUCGGCCAAGGGGCUCGCUGCUAACCACCACCACCCCCCUCUGCAUCGGUCGGCUCAGGACUUACGGAAGCAGGUUUCGAAGGUAAACGGAGUCACUCGAAUGUCGUCAUCUCUGGGUACAAGUGCGACCGGUGCCAAAAAGAUGCGCGAAGUCAGACCUUCACCGUCCAAAACUGUGAAGUACACUGCAACGGUGACUAAGGGGACUGUCACAUACACCAAAGCCAAGAGAGAACUGGUCAAGGAAACCAAACCCAAUCCCCACAAGCCCAGUUCCGCCGUCAACCACACAAUCUCAGGGAAAACCGAAAGUAGCAAUGCAAAAACCCGCAAACAGGUGCUAUCCCUCGGGGGGGCGUCCAAGUCCACCGGGCACGCCGUCAAUGGCCUCAAGGUCAGUGGCAGGUUGAACCCAAAGUCAUGCACUAAGGAGGUGGGGGGGCGGCAGCUGAGGGAGGGGCUGCGGAACUCCAAGAGGAGACUGGAGGAGGCCCAGCAGCCCGAGAAGCCGCAGUCGCCCCCCAAGAAGAUGAAAGGGUCGGCCGGCUGCGCCGAAGCCCCCGGCAGGAAGGCGGCCGCGGCGGUCCCCGCGGCCCCGGCCCCCGCGGAGAGAGCCCCGCCGCCCGGCCACGCCAAGAAGGAGGUGCCCGAGCGGAGCUCGGAGAGGAGCCGGCCGAAGCGGGCCGCGGCCGGCAAGAGCACGCCGGGCAGACAAGCACACGGCAAGUCGGACGGCGCCUCCUGUGAAAAUCGUUCUACCUCGCAAACGGAGCCCUUGCACAAGCCGCACGAGGCGGCGGCCAAGCCCGACAAGGGGGGCGGCCGGGCCGGCUGGGCGGCCAUGGACGAGAUCCCCGUGCUCAGGCCGUCCGCCAAGGAGUUCCACGACCCGCUCGUCUACAUCGAGUCGGU